CUGCCUAGCAUAUACGGGUGGGCGUUCGGUCAGUUUGGUUUGAACCGAACCGAACAAGCAUACCCCGAUUUUCCGAAUCACAGCAUCUCCCGACCAAAUUCGAACCGAACUAUAAUUCGGUUCGGUUUGGCAGAACCGAAUUAUAGAUCGGUUCGGAUCGGUUUUAUACUACAAACCGAAAUAUGUAUGCUCUGUGCGGCUGUACCCACUUCAAAUUCGAGCAGGUCGAGGUGAAUGGCCUUCCAAUUGUUGCAUUGCCGCCGCAGCAACCCAAGCAGCCGAUGUCUCGCGUUUUGGAAUCAGUACAAGGAUUGUGCAAUCUAUCUUCCGACAUUCAAGAAUUCAAGAACAGGUUCGACGAAUUGGAGAAGCACCUCGAUUUGAUCCGGACUGCUAUCGAGAGUCACGAGCAGCCUGAUGGUCAAGUCGACUACGAAGUUGUGGCACUCGCGCCUUCGGCGGCAGAAGGCGCUGUUCCGGCGAGUUCUGAGUUGUUGAAUCUCGUCGAGGUCGGGACCGGGACGGCGAGACGCCGAAAACGACGCAGCCUCGCAGCCGCAGGUCGUGGUCGUCGACGUCGGGCUCGGGCUGUCGGGCACGACGGGCAGACGGCAGUGGACUGGAGUGGAGGUUUGGAGGUCGGAGGAGGAGGAUGAGUAGUCGCCGCCUUCUUCCUUUCCUUCCCUUUGCGUAGCGAUUUCAAAAAUCCACUCUUCUCUUGGGUUAGCUUAGGUCGUGGACGAGUAGAGGUAGAGCCGUAGAGGCCCCGAGGGUUUUUUUUAUGCAAUGUAUAAGAGUGCAUUGAAAAUCUUUACUGGUAAGUUUAAUGAGAUUGUAUGAAAAUAGAUCAUAUGCGUGAAAUUUCGUGAAUAAUUUAUAGUAUUGCGUGAAAAUAUAGCUUUAGUUGGUGAAUGGUAAUGCCCCACUAUAGGAUGAGAGACUCUUCUCCUAAAACAAACAUACCGUAUCAUAUCAUGUGAAUUCAACUCUCUGCCAAACCGAAAUUAGAUCAAAUGAACCAUUGGAUUGAAUCGAGUCGAAUAAUAUGAUUGAUGACCAAAUCAGAUUAAAUGAACUCUUGAUCAACUUUGAACCCAACUUUUUUGCCCUAUUUCUGGCCUGAUCCAUUCCAUAAAUUCGGUUCGAUCAGGGAGAGUUUAUAAUUGAUAGUUUGCAAGUUCAUGCUUUUGUCGUCUAUUCGCAUAUGGAGUGUAGAACGGCUAUCUUUUACACAACUUGUUCUCUAUAACUGUGGCGGACGUUGGGAUAAUGGAAUACUCUAUUAGAACAGAGGAGAACAGGGGAGCCUCUGUUUCCCAGAGAGAGAAAACCCAGCGAUUUUGUUAACAGAGGAAUCAGUUCCGGCGAGCAGUUAAAUUCAUUGUUCAUUAUUCAUCGUCGGACAUAAGAAUUGGCGUCCGUCGAGGAAGGAAGGACGAAGGAGAAGGAUUUUUCUUCACAUCUCUCGCUCCUUGUGGGUAAUGACGGAAACAACAGAUAAUUAAGGGAUUUAUGGCUGGGGAGAUACGGGGAACUCCGGCGGCGGCGAGGGAGGUAGAAGGAAAUCCCUUAAUCGGCGACAAAUACCACCAUCAGCCUCCGCCGUCCCAGCAGGAGGAAGAGGAGUACGCCAGAGGGCAAUCGGCGGGAGAACGAGCGACGGAGCGGCGAAAACCAGCGCGAAAAGUCGAAAAUACGGCAGCCCGAAACGUCGAAACGCGGAACGUUUCGAGUCCUCAAAACCAAAAUCGAAACGCGAGAAAUUGACGAUAAAUUGAAAUUGACGAUAUGAUAUAUACCACGAGAUAUCGUGAUAUUUUGACGAUAUGUUGACUUUUCCAUGAUAUUUUGACUCUGCCUUUUACCAGACCCUUGCUGCAACGAACAGAGCGGGAAAAUGACCGGGAAAGAACAGAGAAAUAAGCAGAGCUCGUCGCCGGCGAGCGACCGAAGGCGAAAUGAAGAUGAAUUGCGAAGGGGAGAGCCGAGUAGAGAAGUUGGAGAGAGAAAGCAAAUCAAUUAUCGGCAUGGCGGAGGCCGAAAUGGAAAUUAUUCGUAUGAGCCCAACGAACGCUCUGCUGGCUAUCCCUAGCAAUGGCGGAGGACGGAGUGGAAAUUCCGUCGGCCGACGAAGGACCAAUUUCUCUCUUCUCUCCGUUUUUGACACUCUCUCUUGUCACCUACUGUAAAAAUUUCAUUCAAUCGACAUUCAUUCACUCAUAUCAUCAAUGGAGAUGGAGGAAGACGGGAAGUCUAGCCGUGAUUUCGAUUAAGUUGACCGUUUACCCUACUGAAAAGUCCACGGUAAUGUUCAAGCAUUUGCCGUUUAGUAAUGAACGCGACCAUGGAAGCAGACUAAACUGAAGCAACCAAACAAAACGUCUUUCACUAUUGAGAAAGGUAAAAAAAAAAAAAAAAGACACUGAAAAACA